UCCAGGCCCCUCCCGUUGCGGUUGGCGCUCGUCCCCGCCGGCUGCGCCCGCCCUUCUGUGUCGCUGGGAGCGCGCAGGGAAACCCCGUGCAAGCGCCGCCGCCAUCUUGGGAGACAGAGGGAGAGCGGAACCCCCGAUACCCGCCGCACACACCCGGCCAGAGGAGGAAGAGAAGGGGGCACCUCUCUAGCAGGGAUUUGUAAUAGACGUCUGUGACCGCUGAUCAUCUUUGUUGCACAUCAUACAAAAGGGAUUUGUAAUAGACGUCUGUGACCGCUGAUCAUCUUUGUUGCACAUCAUACAAAAGCGCCGUCAUGGCCACUGCACCUUACAAUUACUCGUAUAUCUUCAAAUACAUCAUCAUUGGUGACAUGGGAGUGGGGAAAUCCUGCUUGCUGCACCAGUUUACAGAGAAGAAAUUUAUGGCAGAUUGUCCUCAUACAAUUGGUGUUGAGUUUGGUACCCGGAUAAUUGAAGUUAGUGGGCAGAAGAUUAAACUGCAGAUUUGGGACACAGCAGGACAGGAACGCUUCCGAGCCGUCACUAGAAGCUACUACCGAGGGGCCGCGGGGGCGCUUAUGGUCUAUGAUAUAACAAGGCGAAGCACAUACAACCAUUUAAGCAGCUGGUUGACCGAUGCACGGAACCUCACCAAUCCUAACACAGUAAUCAUUCUAAUAGGCAAUAAGGCAGACCUGGAGGCCCAGCGUGAUGUCACAUAUGAGGAGGCCAAGCAGUUUGCUGAGGAGAACGGUCUCCUGUUCCUGGAAGCGAGCGCAAAAACAGGAGAGAACGUGGAAGAUGCCUUUCUGGAAGCCGCCAAGAAAAUUUACCAAAACAUCCAAGAUGGAAGCCUAGACCUGAAUGCCGCAGAGUCUGGCGUACAGCAUAAACCAUCAGCACCUCAAGGAGGUCGCCUAACCAGCGAACCCCAACCGCAGAGAGAAGGUUGUGGCUGCUAGUGACCUGUCCGUGACGGCCGCCGUCUUUCUGCCCUUCCCUCCUCGUCUGUCUCGAGCAGUAUUUUUUCUUUUUUUUUUUUGCUGCCCCAUACAUUGUACUGGUUUCAUGAAAAGGUGGGGGGACUCCGCUGAGGCGACAGUUUAACACAAUACUAAACUGCUACAUAACUAGAUGUAUCCAGGUUAUCAAAGGCAAGUCAAGUAAUAAACACACACAAACCAAUCUUUCCUGCAUGGUAUAAAUAUAGAACUUUUUAUUUCUCUCCUUAAUCGUCUUUGUGAUGUUGGCAAUCCAGAGUUUCUGUAGAAGCGCUGGAGCUGGAUUCAUCCAGGUCUGUCUUAGUUUCCAUUUUUCUAGAAUAGUCUCAUUUGCUGUGAAUGUCCAAUAAGGGGGACUCUCUACCCGUCUUUUGUUUCAACUGUUCUUUUUGCCCAUCUGGAAGAAAGAGGGUUUCUACACUGAAUUCCGUCUUAAUUUUACAAGCAAAUUAAUCUGGUGUUUGUUUUCCUCUGUCGUAUCCCAUAAGCUUCCCCUCGUGUUUUUUUCUAAAUUUUACUCCUCACAUUUAACGCGUAAAUAUAGAGAAAUAAAAAAAAAGAAUAAUAAUAAAAGACAAAAAAAAGGAACAUUGAGAUACAUUCUGUGUACAAAACCUUAAUGAAUCCUGGUAUUAGUGUGCCAGGAAAUAUCAGUUUGUACAGUACGUGACCACAUCACUCCCUUCCUCCCUGCGUAGUGCAGUAGAUGUAAAUUGUAGAGAAUGCUUGGCUCCGCCCUCUUUUUUGAACCUUUUUUUUUGCACUGUGGCUUAUAAAAAGCGGUUUUAGAAAAUCCCAUUGUGGAAUGAGCAGUGUGCUGACUUUUUUUUUUCUCUCCCAGUCGAUCUUUGCGUAUAACAGCUGUGUAUUGCCUGCCUUACGAUGUAUAGAGAUUUAAUGAGAAGGCUGGUUUAACUAUUGCACAUAUUAUUAUGCUUUAUUUUCUUUUAACAUUUUUGGAGUCUACAUUACGGUUCUGCUGCUUUUUAGAAUUAACUUUUUUUGUGCAUUUUUAAACACUACAGUGGGAUGGUUUUU